AUGAAGGGAGACCCCUCUAAUAGGGACACCAGUAAAUACUGUGCAUUCCACGGGGAGCACGGUCAUUACACCAACAACUGCAAUGCUUGGAAAAUGCACCUUGAGGAGCUAGUCAGAGAAGGCCAUUGCACAGAAUUUGAACCUCCUCAAAAGGUCAUUCGAAUCAACACCAUUCUAGCUGACUCCCAAGAGUCUGGGCUGACCACCAAGGAGCGUAAGAGAAAGAUUGCUCAGGCAACUUAUGUCUCCCAAGUCACAACGGGAGUACCAGCCAUUGUGGAUACACCCAUCAUCGGCUUCCAGAAGAAGGACUUGAUCGGGCUUGACCUGCCACAUAAUGACGCCCUAAUCAUCUGCAUCCAAAUUGAACAAGCUGUGAGCGAGCGAGUUCAUGUAGAUGAGGGUAGCAUAGCCAACAUCCUGCAACUAUCUGUUAUCCAACAGAUGGGGUUAGAGCCCAAGAUUAGCAAACUUGCCAGAUCGCUCAUCGGCUUCAAUGGAGCCACAUCAAUCACUGUUGGAAUGAUCGACGUUGACGUCCACUGA